AUGGAUGUAGAGCAAAAACAGCCUAACAAUAUAUAUUCCGUAUAUGAGAAAAAUUUCGAAGCAUCAAUUAUAAGCGCCCAAAGAAGUAGCAUUGCCAAGAAAAGAAACACUAACCUUAAUAACAGUAGAAACAGUAGUAGUAAUAGCACUAGUAAUAACAGUAGUAGUAACAAUAAUAGUAACAAUAAUAGUAGCACUAGUAAUAGCACUAGUAAGAGCACUAGUAAGAGCACUAGUAAGAACAAUAGUAAUAACAAUAGUAAUAACAAUAAUAGUAACAAUAGUAGUGAUAAGAGAAGCAUCAAUGGAGGUAGCAAUAGUAACACCAAUAACAGAAAAAAUGUCAAGAGCAAAGGUAGAAAAAACGACAGUCCAGAGGAAAUCCUAGGUAAUUAUAUGUCACAUGAGACAAACGCAGAUUCAGGGGAUAUAUAUAGUAAUAACGAAAUUUCCGAAAAAAGUUCUAAUGGAAAUAUAUCAAUUUUUCAUAAUUCAUUUGAUCCUAUGCAAUUCCAAAAAGAAUAUAACUCAAAUGGUAUGGUAUCAAUGCAAUGGAAUUAUAAAGGCGAUGUAGAUUUAUCGCAUAGUAAUAUACUCAAUCCAGAACUAAGUAAUAAUACCAUACCCACAUGUGACUACAUGGAUCAGAAAAAUAAAAGGGACUCGGCAAAUUAUGCUGUGUCAAAAGAAAUAGAAGAGAAGAACAAAUAUCUCUAUACAAGUAAUCAGAAUCGUGCGUUAUAUGAUAUGUAUGAUAAUAUGGGGAAAAUAAAUUUUGAUGUUCUCCAAGAGCACAUGGAAAAAAUAGCAACCAUGUCAGCAUAUCAAGAGAAUUAUAAUGCUCAAGCACAAACGAAUAGUACUAACAGCACGAAUAGCAAAGGUAGAAAUAUUGUGGUAGUUGAGAGGGUUCAACCUGUUGAAAAUGUUUUAAUAGGGAGAAGUACACAAAAGACACAGGAUAGUGAAUUGGAUGCUUACAAAACUGCAAAUAUGAAUAGCUUAAAUAAUGCAAAAAGUGUAAGUAGCACAAAUGUGAGACAAAUUGAAUAUGCUGAUAAUAAGAAUUUGCUAAUGAAUUUAAGUGAUAUGCAGAAUGGAAUGAAUAAUUUAGUUAUCCAAAAAUAUACGUAUGAUAAAUCGUUUAAUGAAAAUGGGUUAUCGAGAAUUAAAAAUAUUUACGAUUAUGACAUGAACGACCUGAGUGAAAAUAAAAUGAAUAGUUAUGUUUCAACCAUGAAGAUCUUAAGGGACACAUUCAAUAACAAACAUUUAGAUAACAUGAAUAAUAGUAACAUUGAUUUGAAUUUAGAUAUUGGUACCAUGAAUUAUGAAAGGAUAGCAAAUAUAAAGGAUAUAUACGAUGGGGACGACCUUGAUAAUGUAAAAAAUUAUGGUAGAUACAAUGGGAUAAACAAAAUAAUUGAAAAUAAAAAUGUUAAAGAGAUAAAUAAUUUUACGGAUAUGGAAAAAUCAAGCUACGUUAAUUUUUUGGAAAGACAUGUAGACAGUAAAAUUCUAAAUAACACUAAUUGUGUGGAUAUGGAUUACUACAACACAACAUCUCUUUAUAACGGAGUCAAUGAGGAAUUCAUACUUUUGAAUGGUCAUACAACUGUUACAAACCAGAAUCUUUUGCUAGACACUAACAGUGGAAAUAUUGUCAAUGUGGUAAACAGAGUGCAUAAUGAGCAUAGUACAAACGCAUUAAGUAAUAAUAUGAAUGGGAUUAAUGUUGUUAAUGAUAAUGAUAAUGUUAAUGAUAAUGUUAAUGAUAAUGGUAAUGGUAAUGUUAAUGUUAAUGGUAAUGUUAAUGGUAAUGUUAAUGGUAAUGUUAAUGGCAAUGUUAAUGUCAGUGUUAAUGAUAAUGAUAAUGGUGGUGGAAGCCUAAGUGGCAUAAGCACGAAUGACACACUGAAUAACAUAAGCACUGUAAGUAGUAUAAAUUCUUUAAGCAAUAUGAUGAACUUAAACAACAUAAGUAAUUUAAGCAAUGAGAACAGCAUGAAUCUACAAAACAAUUACGCAGGUUAUAAGGAAGUUUCCUAUAUCAAUAGGAUAGAAAACAAAAUGUGUAAAGAAGAUAUGUUCUUGGGGAUACAAAAGGAAUCAUCGAAGAACUCCUUUACUAAAGAGGGUAUAAAUAAUAGUGGAGUUACUUACAAAGAAAAAGUUAGCUAUGAAAAUAUAAAAGAUAUUAAUUAUCCAAAUGAAACACAAAAUUUCCAUGUUUCUGAAUUAAAUAAUAAGCACAUUCGAAAGGAUUAUAGAAAUUUUAUGAACAUACAAGAAAAAAAAUCAAUUUUAAAAAGAUCUUCGAAUGAUAAGAACAUGCUCAUUUUAGCAAAUUGUAACAAUACUAUAAAGGAAAAAGGGGGAAUAAAUGAAAAUACAAAUUAUAAAAAUAUAUUUAUAAAAAAUGAAGUUGAAAGGAAUAAUUCUAUUUUUCCAAUACAAAAUAACAAUGAUAAUAAUAAUUUAUCUAAUACAAAUGUUUUGGGAGGAAAACACAGUAAUACACCCAUACAUGCAGUUAAUUUUAAUUAUGUAGAAAAUAAUAAUAUGGAUAAUAGUACAUGCAGUAGCAAUGUAUUUAAUGAAUCAUCUAAUUAUUAUAGUAAAAAAUGCAUGCACAAUGAGGAUAUAAAAAAUAUAAAUUCAUAUAUUCCCAUGAUAGAACCUAUUAAUAUGAACGGUACUACUGGAGGACAAUCUAAUCCGGCGGGUAGUUAUAACACGAAUAAUAUAGAGAAAAAGUCAUCCAAUAAAGGAAAACGUAGAAAUAAAAGAACCACAGAAAAAGUCCAUACCUCCGUGAAAAUUAAUACUUUAAGGAUCAGUUCAAUUUCGAGUGAUAAGAACAAUGAAAAGAAUGAUUAUACGAAAAAUGUAAAUUUAGAAAACAAUUUUGACAUAAACAAUGUAAAGAUAGAUGGAAGUAAUAUCAAAAUAGGAGAAGUAACCUUAAAUGAAGACGAUUUAAAUAAACUCAUUUUAAACAUUAAUUCUAAUUUUGCUUCCAUAAAUGAGAAUAACGAAUUAUACAAAAGUCUUUUAUUUUUGGAAAAAAAUAAUAAUAAUAAUAUGAUGAUGAUGAAAAUGAAAAAACCAUUGAAACGAAAGAGAAAGAUUAAAAAGGCAGAAAACGAAGAAAAUGAGAAGCCAGAGCAAUGUAAAGAACACAAUAGUGGGAAAUUAUUAAUAACACAAGACCAAACAACACACAAAGAGUUUAAAAAUUGGGAACCAGUUUUUAACGAUAAUAAUGAACCCAUACGUUCAAAUAACUACACAGAAGGAAUAGUAGCUACCAAGAAACAGGCCAUUCGUAAGUUUAGAUGCAAUAAAAGUGUAAGCGGAAUAUCUACUAGCCAAAAUAAGGAAAUAAAACUUACUCCUGUUUUAAAGGAUGGUGAACAAAAUAAUAACAUUGCCACUGGGAUGAGUAGUAUGUACAGAGAUGAUACCAAUGAAAGUAGAACCUUUGAAAACAGAACCAAUGAAGAUAGAACCAAUGAAAAUAGAACCAAUGAAAAUAGAACCAAUGAAAAUAGAACAACCGAAAAUGGUACGGAUGAAGGAAGAACCAGUGAAAGCAGAAUCAAUGAAAACGAAACAAUAUCUGAAACGCAUACAGGAAAUUGUAAAAAUGCAGAAUCCUUGAUUAGAGACAAUCUGAACAGCGAGAAAAUUACAAAUGAUCAGACCAAGGAGAAGGGCCCAAUAACAUUAAACAUGGCACGUGACUACACGAAAGAGAAAUCGAAAAGUUCUGUUCGUAGGAGGAAUAAAAAAUUGCGAAUAAACGAACUUAUACAUUUUCCAAAUAGUAACAAUGAAAAUACUCUUAACAAUGAUAGGAGUAACAGUAAUAAUAAUCAUAGCAAUCCUUUCGUGGGUUACAAUUGUAGAAAUAGUAGCAAUUUCCCAAAUCAAAAUACUGAGGGCGAAAAUUACAUUAUGAAUGCUUUAAGCGAUAUUAACUCGUACACAGAUAACAGAAAUUUUGAUACUUCCUUUAAAAUAAUGCAAGAAAAAGCACAUACUGAAAUUGAUAAAUCGAAGAAUCAUAGCAAUAUACAUGAUGCUCUAAAUUGCAAUGAUGAAUUUUCUGCAAAUGUGAAUGAGUUAUGUAAGAAGAGUGAAUUUACUUUUGAUCAGUUGAAUAAUGACAGGAAUAAGAAAAAUGAUAUUGAUAAGAGAAGUGGCAACUCCAACCGUGGCACUAUGAGAAGCAGCAAUAAUAUGGAAACAUUAAGCUGUUGCAUAAAAAAGGAAAGUGAUAAUAUUUCCCAUGUGUAUUACGCCCCAAAGAAUAACGAAAUUCAAGACCCUUUUUCCUCAUACGGAAAUUGUGUAAGGGAUGAAUUAAGAGGGGUGUGUGAAGAUGGCACAAAAAUAAAUGUUCAAGGGGACCUCGCCACAACAAAUAACAUUAUUGGAAGUAAUGCAGGAACUAAUGAGACAGCUAUCUUAGGAAAUAACGUGAGCAGCAAGCAUAUUAAUGGUAAUAAUGAUGAAUGUACAGGAAAAAAGAAAUACAUGAGGAGAAAAGGAAAUAAUAAGAAAGACACGCAAGAAGAUAACAACCCACAGGAUGGUGAAAAAAUAAACGAAAUUACUAAGAAAAGAAAAUUUUAUAAACUUAAAAGUAAAAAUAAUACUUCCCAAAAGAAUAGGGAAAAUUUGGAAACUGACGUUUGCAUGGGAAUUACGGAUCCAGAAAAUAUGCCAUUAAAUGAACAAUCAGGACAAAUGAAGAGUAACACUAAGAAAAAAUGCCAUGCAAAGCAGGGAAUUAUUUCUAUCAAGCAAGAAGGAUUAGAUGAGUGUGUAGAUGAGAAUAAUUUCCAUUCAAAUAUGAUGAUGAUGUGUAAAAACGAGAUAUUUAAUAGGGUUGUAAAAGAUAAUUUAUCAAAUGAAGAGCAAUUUAUAGUGUUAGAACAUCCAAAUGGGGAGAUAGUUAAAAAUGGUAUAAAUAUCAAACUGGAAGAAACACAUGUAGAUGUAAACACAACCUCAUGUGCAUCGGCUGAUAUAAAUCAUGCUACUGUAGAACAAAAUGUAAAGUUAGACAUUGAAACAAAUUUUAAAUCGAAAAAAAUACCUAAAAGAAGUGUAAAUUUAUUCAGAGCCCCCAAAAAAAAAAAUGAAACAGCAUUAGAAAAAAAAAUACGAGCAAAAAUUUGCCUCGAAGAUUACUACAAAAGAAAUAAGGAAAUAUACAAUGGUAUCGAUACUUUAACAUCCAUUAAUGAUACUAUUUUGCCUUCGAUUGAAGAUGAAUCAUUUGGUGAUAAUUUAAAAGCCCUUUUUAAAAAAAAAAAGAAAAAUUUGAUAUGUUCCAAUUGCUUGUAUGCGUAUAAAGUACAGAUUAGUAGGAGACAUGAAUUCACACAUAGCACAAUUGAAGAUGGGGAGAAAUCCAAUCAGGAUAAUCUUAAAAGUGGUACACAAACUGUCCAUGGGAGUAAUGAGAAUAAUGACAAUAAUGAGAAUAAUGAGAAUAAUGACAAUAAUGACAAUAAUGACAAUAAUGACAACAAUGACAAUAAUGACAAUAAUGUACCAGCGAAUAAGCAGGAUAAUUCCGAGACUAAUAAUCAGGACAUCAGUGCCCAUGUGGAUAACCAUUCCAAUUUUAGCGACAAAUUAAAUGAAAAUAAUGAGGAAACGGAAAAACCAGUUGGUGCCACAUCAAUAACGACACAAAAGAACGCAGUAAAAAAAUGUAAUAUUAAAAGGGAUGAAACAGUAGAAGGAAAAAAAGAUAUUAGUGAUAUGAAUCAAAAAAUGGAAGAUGAUACGUAUGUUUUUGAAAAAAUGAAGAGUGAAAAAUAUUUUGAAAUCGGAUUGUACAAAGAAUUAGUAAAAAAAAAUGCAAUAGUAGAAAAGUAUUACAAAAUUACAUUUUAUUGCCUUUGUGGUUAUUAUAAAUAUAUAAAAGAAGAUAAUGAAUGGAAACAAAUUAUUAAUUGCUACUAUGAUGAAAAAGACGAAAGAAAACCCAAAGCACCUUAUAUAUUUUGCACAAAAUGUAAAGAAUUAUUAGCAACUAAUAGAUUUCUAGACAAGGAUAAAACUAAAAUUAUUAUGAUAUGUCAAUGUGGAAGUAGAAACUACGAUCGAACAAAUUUCUUUUGGUCUAGAAGAGGAAAUAUCAAACAAAGAAAAGCUCCUCAAAUAUUAUGUGAUGAUUGUAAUUCUAAAAUGUGGGUACAUACAUGGCUUGAUGACAUUGGAUCUAAAGUAAAAUUAUUAUGUAAAUGUGGCUUUAAAAAUUUUCUGAAAAAAAAUAACAAUUGGGUUAGAAGUCCCAGAUGGAAAAAACCAGUUCCGCUAAUAAUUUGUAAUUCAUGCCAGCAGAAAAUGUAUAUGAGUCAAUGGCUAAAUAAUGAUGGAACUAAGGUUAAAAUGAAAUGUGAAUGUGGUUGGAAAACCCUAAUCAAAGAAGGAAAUAAAUGGGUUAGAAGUGAAUGGUCCAAAAAAUUAUUAUGUCUGAAAUUAGUAAAAAACCCAGGCCUUAUACAAAGGAAAUAUAAUAUUCAUUCACGUAAGAAAAAUAAAUCGGAUGAAGAUGAAUUAUCAGAUAAUAAUUUUCUAGAUGGUUUAUCAUUUAUCAGAAAUGAAAUUUUUCCAACCUUCUCACCUGAUGAUAUAGCAGUUAAUCCCAAUGAUACAAUUACGAGUGAAUUUUGUAACCCAGACACGAUAAAACGUUGUUUAGAAAGUGAUGAUAAUAAUGCAAUUAGCAAAUUAACUAACUCUGAUUCUUUGUUGAUUACUAAUCAAAAUGAACAUUUAUUAAUUAGAGAUGAAAAUUACAUAAUUAAGAACGCAAGGACUAAUGUUGAUGGAUGUCCAAACGAUGCAAUAUUCCUAUUAGAAGUAGAAAGUAAUAUGGAAAUAGGACAAGAAAUUCCAUAUGAAGGAAUUAUUUUAAGUAAAGAUUAUGGUACUAACGAUCAAAGGGGAAAUAUUGAGAGUGACAUUAUAUGCACAGUGGAUAACGAAGGAAAUAAAAACAAUAACAGCACAAGGAGUAAAAAAAGUAGAAACGUGAAAACGCACGCGAAUCAUAAGAAAAGAGGACAUUACAGUAAUUCUAUUAAGAAUAAAGACUGCUAUAUUAACAAUGGAGAAGUUGAUGAUAGCACAUCCAAUCUAUAUAAUAAUAUCAAAAAUCAACAAAUAAAUAGCAAAGAAUUAGGAGAUAAUUAUGUUGCAAACGAUUGUGAACAAGAGAAUACUAAAAGAUACAUGGAAUCUCCUCAAAUCCCUGAUUAUGAAGAUACAAAUGCCAAUGAAACACUUAAUAAUAAAACUCAGAAGAAAAAACCAGGAAGACCGCCACUUAAUAAAAGCGUUAAGAAGAAGAAAAAGUUAACUUUGGUAGAAGAACUUAAUAAUACAGAAAACAUUUCCAUUGAUGCUACAAUGACAGCUGCCACGUCUAUUGCUUCAGUUGCCACUACAGUAGCAGCUGCAACAACUAUUGCAACAACGGAAAGCACUACAGAUACAUGUACUUUAAUGUUAGAUGAAGGUUCCACGAGUAGACAAUUAUAUCAAAUUCAUCAAGCCAAUGAUAAGUUACUGAUAGAAAAUGUGAUUAAUAAAAAUGCUAAUGUACCAACUGAUAAUAUAAUCAAUCAUCCGGAUAAUUAUAAACCAAAGAAGGAAAAAUUAGCAGAAUGUGAUAGUAUUAAUAACCCUGAGAUACUAGAUUUUCAUGAUGUAAAAUAUACCAAUGAUGAGAAUAAUUCAUGUAGUAACAGUAGCAAAAUAUAUCAUGACAAUUCAUUUCACUAUGUUAAAAAUUACUAUGGAGAAUCUUAUGAAAAAAGUCAUUUUAAUCAAUCCACCGUAUCUUGCUUUAACGAAAAUAGCAAUGACAACAGAAAUAAUAGUAAUAAUAAAAGUAGUAGUCCCCAUAGUUGUUCCAGCAGUGGUUACACUAACAAUCUGUUGUGCAGUUCCUCAAACAAUCCAAGCACUAGUACCAGAGGUGGUAACAAAGGUAGUAGCAAUUUCAACGAAGACAUAAGCACAGAAUUGUAUAAUUACAACCCAUCGAACAAUCGGUAUGAUCAUCCUAAUAAGGAAUACUCAGUAAAUUAUAAUAUUAUUGCACCAAUAAAUGCAAUGAUGGAUAAGAAAUAUGUGGAUAAUAAAGACAGUGCAGAAAUAUUACCAGUAGAUAUAGAUUUUGAUAAAAAAGAAUUCAUUGUAGAAAACAUGAAAAAAUUAAAUUUUAAUAUAAAUGAAAAUGAUAUAAAUGCCCUUUUGGAAAAUAUUGAUGAAGAUCUAUUAAUUGAAACGCUUAUGGGAAAAUUCAUUAAUAAGAAUCUUGUAGAAAAUGGAAAAGUGGAUAAUAAUACUAUGAACCAUAUUGGAAAUUAUGCAAGUCAUUUGAGUGAAAAUGCGUUUGAUCAUAACGGACAUAAUUCGAAUGAAUUUGAACGAGGAAAUAUGAAUCAAAGCGAAAUGCAAAAUGAUAGCAACCUGUGCUCGUAUGAAAAUUACGAAAACAAAAUCUUCACAAAUGAAGCCUAUCUGAAUGAUUUAUAUCAAAAUAAUAUUUAUGAAUGUGGGUUACAACAGAAUAAUGAGUUUUAUCAAACUAUGCUUGAACACGCAUUUAAUAAAAUCGGGUGUGCUGAAAUUGGUUCAAGAGAAAGCACCAUUGUCAAUAAGAAGAAUGAACAUGUUGAAAUAGAAGAAACUAAGGAUAACAAAAACGAAAUUAGAACAAAAAAUAUGAAUAUAAUAAAUAGUCGAAAUAUAGGUACUAAUAAGUUUAACAUUAAUUUGGAAGAGAGAAAUAAUGGACAUUAUGUUGUUGAUGAUACUGUGAAUAAAAAAACAAUAAAUCAAAAUAUGAUGAAUAAUAUUACGACGAACAAAAAUAUAGCUAGAAAAAAUACAAUUCCCGAUAUGUGUAUAAAUGAUUACCUAAGUAGCAACAUUAAAUAUUCGAGCGAGUUGAUGAGAACAAAAGGUAAGUACAACAUAGAAAUGGAUUUAAAUGUAGACGAAAAUAUAAAUGUGAAAAGUUUAACAAAUUGUGAAAUGUUAAAUAAUAAUGUUAAUAAUAGUAUAUGCAACAAUAUUGUGGAAUCUAUGGAUCACCAUGGAUUUGAAAAUAGGAUAUAUGAAAAUGACGCAAACACUGACAACCAAUGCAAUGACAGCGAAAACAGUAGUAUAAAUGGUAACGGAAAUAACAACAAUAUAAGCAGUAGCAAUAAUCACGGCGAUAAUAUAGUUGAAGAUAUGAACGAUCAAAAAAAUGAUAACCUGAUAAAUGUGUGCAAUUUGAACGAAAACUACAAUUAUUUUAGCAAUGAAUUUAAAACUGUUCUUUUGAAUGUUUUAUCAUAUAAACCAUCUGAUGUUCAGAAAGAAAAUUUUUAUAAUUAUUUAAAAAAUUUAUCCAACAAUUUUUGUAAUUUCGUAAAUAAAGAUGAUGAUAUUUCAAGUGAGAAACAACAAGAAUACAAUAAUAAUACCGUAUUAACCUUAGAAGAAUUAAACAAUUAUUUAAAAGAUGACAAAAUAGAAAAUAAGAAUGACUAUAAGGAAUUGUUACUACAAUUAUUAGCCAACCAGGAUGAGAAUUCUACUCCUCCUAAAAAUAUGUUUUUCAAUGAUUAUAAUAUAUAUGAAAAUAUUUUAAACAUGGAAAAAAUGAAUGAAAAAAUGAAAGGAGAAGAAGAAAUGUCCACCCCAUCAUAUAAGCCACAGAUGAAUGAUAUUAGUCCAGACAAAAAUAAUAUGAGUGAAGAAAUGUAUUGUGUUUACAAUUUUAAUUCAGAUAGUGAAGAAAAAGUAUGUACGCAUGAAAAAAAAUACAAAAUUAAUGAUUUUAUAACUGUAUGUACAAACUGCAACGAAUAUAUAAAUUCGAACAUGGAUUGUAAAAUUAUAUCACCCAGUAGUCUGGAUAGUAGUAAUAACUCUUCCAUGCAUAAAUUGAAUGUUCAUGAGGAUUUUGUUUUAAAUAACAAUGAAUUAAAGAAAUAUGAAAAUUAUGAUUCCCAAAAAAAAGGCAUGAAGGAUUAUCACAGUGAAAACAUAUACAACAACCAGUUAAAAUUAGAAAACAAAAUUUUGCCCAAUGGUAUAAAUUCACGAAAUACGAGAAACACGAUCUACUCAAGUAUUUCAAGCAAUAUUGAUGAUGCAAACGAUGCAAUAAGUGUCACAAUGAACGGGGUAAGGAACACCAUUAGAAACAAUAGUAAUGAAAAUAGCGCAUCCAUUGAAUGCUAUAAUAAUAAUGCUCCAAUUAUUGAAAAUAUAGAAGAAACCAGUUAUAUGUACAAUCAGUACUGUGAAUACUAUGUUAAUAAUAUCUCGAUGCAUAUGCAGAUGAAAAAUAAUUGCCUAAACAAUAUUUUUGUCCAAGAUGCAAAUAAGUACGCUUCUGCUAGCGAUAACUACGCGAAUAACCAAACACCUCUAAUAGAAUCCGAAAUUUUUUAUUUGAAUGAAAAUAAUAAUUACCUUACCGAUCCAACCAAUUUUAUCCAUGAGAAAAAUAUUACAAAUAAUGAAUUGACAUAUAAAAAAGGAAACUAUAGAGAAAAUAACGCAAAUAAUAAUAAUAGUAGCGAUGGUAAUUAUCAGGAGGAUGAUUACGAGAAUUAUAUUAAUUCCGAGUGUAACAACAAUUCGUGCUACAAUAUAAUUCAUAUCUGA